AUGGCUUCGUCAAUGUCUGACUUUAACGCACGUCGCUAUUCCGCUGACGAACUGCUUCGCAUGAAAAGUGAGCUUCCUGUUGUUAGCUGCGUCGUAGCAAAACUGAACAAACAUCCUGAUAUUGCUGCAAUCCUGAGAAUCCCUGAAGAAGCCUUUAACGAUCCAGAGCGUUAUUUCUGCAAAUCCGAGAGCCUUAUCGACGUGACGAACCGACGUAAAGUUGCACAUCCAAACAAAAGUCACGGCAGUGGAGGUUUGUCUGAAGAAACUGAAGACCAAGCCAUCUCGGCAGCCGAUCUGAAUCGCGAUUCUCUACACAUUCAGUGGAAUCUGCGUCCACGAGAUCGCUCUGAUCGCUCUUCCCAACCACAUCCGGCACCCUCUGGUACCACAGCUCAGCAAUCAGAGAAUUUCCAGAGAUUCUACAGAGCAGUUGUCUCACCUACUCACGUUCGUGUCACAGCUGGUGGCCGAAUCGUCCCAAAUACUCGGGCUACGGCACCGCCUCAAUUUGAGUGGAACGGAGAGAAGCUCAUGUUUGAGCCCCGCAAGAUUUUUCCUGAGAUCGAAUUGACAGGCCUUCAACCGCCUCCCUCACUCCACAGCACAAGUUUCCCAACAGGAUUUCCUCAGCUGUUCCCAGCUGGUUUCAUGCCAUCCUACAACUACAAUCCGCAAAUCAGUUCUGCUCUAGCAGCCAUGGCGGCUCAAAACCUCGGAGUCCUCAGUGGCAACGAUCAGAAUUCCUCUCAAAAUAGCCACCCCCCUGCGCUUAACGGGGAAUCUGGUGCCGGCCCAUCAAGUCCUGCACAGCCUAUCAAGAUCUCGCCCCCAAGCCAAUUCGAUCAUUCGAAGCCGUUCAUGUUCAAUGGCCAUGUGGUCUAUCCUGUGCCGCCUGGACAUCAGCCGCCUCCACAUGCUCUUCCUUUCCCGUUCGGCAUGAUUGGAAAUCCCAACUUGGCGCAUGGCACUCUUGCUCCACCGCCAGGAGGUCUCUAUCUACCUCAGCUUCCAAUGCCAAUGGGUCAUCCACCUAGUUCUCUGAUGGUUCCUCCCCUAGGUCAACCACCAGCACUGCCAAUUCCGAAUAGCACCCAGUCUCCUCUUCUAGAAAAUGCCCCAUUACCUGCUCCAUACCUUCCAAUCCCUGGCAUCGUUUCGGUUUCUGAACUCACCAAGCUUCAGAUUCAAGGCUUUCGCAACCAUCUCAAAUUCCUCGAUAAUCAAAUUGCGAAUAACAAGCACCAAAUUGAUGAAAACUAUAUGGAAAAUCAGCGCAGCGAAGUUACGGCUACCAUUGCCAAGAUGGAGGCUAUGCUGGAGAUCCAAUUGGCACAUGAACGCAAGCAAAACAUCGGCCCAUUCUUCAAUAGUACCAUGGAACCUGCUUUUGAUUCUCAACCAGCCAAGAAUUCGGCGAGUGGAGAUAUCCGCCAAAUGGGAGAGAAGUCCAGCGGGGUAACUUCAUCGGUUUUGGCCAAAGAUGGAAGCGUAGUUGGAAAAACGUCACCACUCCCCCUGGAUAAAACUGUAGCCCAAUCAUCAACAGUACAGACAACAAAGGCUGAGGGGGUCCCGGAUAUUGAUGGAACCAGUGAAUCAAAGCCGUCCAAUCGUCCGGGACCGGUCACCAAAUCACGGUUGACAGCUGCGGCAGCAAUGGCACCACCCUUCCAACCACGAACACAAGCCAUGGUAGCAGCAAAUUCUUUCGCUAGACCUGCUCCUAACUCUGCCGCGAAUCGCGCUCCGUUGGAUAGCCAAACAUAUACAGAGGGUCGAAUCACUGACUGGAGUCAUCCCACCUAUCCGACAACGACCACUGGGACUGGCCAUGCAACCCUCUCAAGGGCACAUACUAUCCACGAUCCAUCCAUCUACACUCAGCAUGAUGGCUUGCCAGUUAGCUUUCAGCGAUUUCAUACCAUACAUGGGCAGCAUGCAGCAUUCAACUCUUCAAUCGUACCAGGGACCUCCCCCGUGCCUUAUCUAGUUGGCACUCUGCCGCAAGGAGUGCAAGCCAGCGAGGCUCGAGCAUCUGAUCUUCUUUAUCCUCGACCACUAACCGAUGAGGAAAUCCGCGCGAGGUAUCUGUAUUGGGGUAAGGCUCCCCGCUCGGCCUAUGGAAGUCUGCCAAAGUUUGAUGGAAAGGAUUUCUACCCUCCUUCUCCUGUAAAGGAAACAAUUCGUCCAGCUUCUGACUCUCCAGCCAACAAAUCUGAUGCUAAUCGUCACUCUACUCCUGCCCCGCUUGAUUUCGAGAAGCUCUUCACGGUUCCAGAACAAUCUGGGUACAAGACACCUCCAAGUCGCCCAAAGCACGGUGCCCCGACUGUAACCGCGACUCCAACUCGGGCACCCUUGGAGAAUAUUAACAUCGACUUCCGACCUCCUUCACGGAGACCAUCUGGGCAUAAGUAUGAAGCUUCCACCGUUCCUGGAUCGUCAGCAGACCACCAUGACUCCCAAGAUGCUGCACUCAAGCUGGCGAUGCAGGCGGCUAUGGAUCAAAAGGCCAAUGUUACUCAGGCCGAUGACUUCUCCAACUUGUUUCUUGAGCCCGGUGUUCCCGGUUACAAAUCUCCAACGCCACCACGCCCAGCUGCAAGCCAAUUUGGGUUGAACUCCAGCAAAGAGGACGCGAUGCAUGCCACCCCGAAGGAAGAUUCUGCGUUUCAGCUAGUAAUGCAGCCGGCUGGGGAUAAGAAGACCAACGUUACCCAGGACGAUGACUUCUCCAACCUGUUUCUUGAGCCCGGUGUUCCCGGCUACAAGUCUCCAACUCCACCACGCCUAGGUGCCAGCCAAUUUAGGUUGGGUUCCAGCAAGGGAGAGGAGAUGCCUAUCACUCCCGAGGACACCAGAUCGAAUGUAGACAAGGAAGAUGAAGAUGAUGAAACUGGAACCUUGGAUUCGUGGGGAGCCCCUACUCAUUAUGCUCAAUGGCGCUCAACUGAGCUCGUCACUCCUGUUCAACUGAAGAAAGGAGCAGAUAGUAAAGAAUCGACCAUCGAGAUCCGUCCAACUCAGACGGCCAAAAAUGAGUCGCCAAAGCAUGCGGAUAAGACUGGCUUUAUUGACUAUACAGCAAGUUCAAGCAGCUCGGAGCAACACAACCUCUUCUUGCACAAUAUGUUGAGAAAUACUGCUCAGAUAGCCAUGGCAGCCCCGGCUUUAGGAACGGUCUCCUCUGCAACUGCUCAGGGUUACCUGCCCCAAUAUCGCGGCUCGGCAGCUGCUUCUCUGGCUCCAGCUAUGUUCCAUAGUCCAGGGCGUGAUGGUGAGCAUCAGACGUCGAAGGUAGAGCAGCCAACGUCCUCUAUUGAUGGCAUUGUCCCGCUCAUUGCCUCCAACUUCUUGCCCGAGAAUCGCCCUCUCAAUCGUGACCGAUCUCCCGUUCGACCGUCGACGGACACAUUGGGCACUGAAGUAUACAAGCGUUAUCUUUCUCGAAAGGUGGACGGGGACAAGAAGGUCAUUGAGCAGGGAUGGAAUGCCAACACCACUGCCACUGGUCCUGUCAUGGGCUCCGACUGGUAG